GAAGAAGAAGAAAAGGGUAGAAAGAUGCUCGCGGCUUCGGAGGAUCGGGCAUAGGUAAGUAGCACUUAUGUUUAAUACGUGAGUGUGGAUGAGUUGUCUGUCUCGCACGCGAUCCUCUCGCGCCUGCGCAGCUCUUUCCUGACCUCGCGUUCGCUAGAACCAAUUUCCGCGGAUAAUACGACCGCGAUCUACGAGUGCUUCGAAUAUUUUCUUCAAGAUCCUCUGUCUCUCGGUCCGUGAAAUUGUUUUGAAUACAAAUAUUGGCCAAUAAGAGGUCAAAUUAUAAUGCUAAAUUGUUUCGUGGAAAAACAAAUGUACGCAUUGUGUAUCCUUGCUGUCCUUAAUUUACGACAGCAUGUUCAACAAAAUUGGCAAAUAAAUUCAACGUCGAGACGAUCCUCGUCACAAGCUUCGUUGAAUUUAAUAAAAUGCAUCGAAUCUAAUAACGUACCAAUUGGAGCCUUAGAGGUAUCAAAAGAUUUGAGAAAUAUCGUUAAAAAUAUUAACAAAGAUAUAGACCGAUCGAAUUGGUGGAAUUCAUCGUCUUACAUUGAGCUAUUUAUGAAAGGUGCAAAACAGAUAAUCGAUAAUAUCAGCAGAUCUAUCACGAAUCCAAAAACAAUCGCCAAUCCUCUGUCAAAGAAUAUCUUUGGUUCUGUUUUAUUUCUAUCGAAUAAUUCACCAAGUAAAUAUUGGAAUUGAACAAUGAAUUGAACUGAACUAUAUAAAAAAAAUUAUUCGGAGCAAUUAAGAAGUCCUCCUAAUAAUAUUUUAUAUAUUUGUAAGGUUUCUAAGGUAAUAACGUCAUGGAAUGAUAUUAACGAUCUCAGUUAAAAUCUUCUUUGAACCGAUUGCACUCCUUUAAUGGCGCCACGAACAAAUUCGAGUGCGGUUCUAAAAGAAGAUGAAAAAAAUAUGUAUCUAGACGUCAAUUAAAUAAAAUCGUACGAUUUUCCA